CGCGGUGCCUAGUCCCCCAAAAGUCCGUGGCUCAUGGGAUCCGCGCCAUGCGCCGACUGCUCGCGGUCCGGCGCCCGCCUGGGGCGCGGGGCUUCUCCUACGAGGACACGCUGGCCUACCGCCUCUACGGGCCGAAGCCUUUGGCAGUGGUGGUUCACCCGGUGAUCACCCACAGCGGCACCAAACCCUGGCCGCAAAUCCUGUGGGACGCUGAGGAGGCCCUAGGCCUUGCCCGGGCCAACCGCUGGGACGUGCUGCCGGGGCCAAACGGCACUCCGCCGGGUGGCUGGGACCAUGAGGCCUUCGCGCGGGCAGAGGCGGAGGACCUGCUGCGGCGGAGCCAGUCGGGUGCCUGGAGCGCCCCGGAAGGAUGGCACCUGGACCGCGGGGAGGAGGAGAGCGAUGACGAGUACGAUGUGCACGAGGCGGCCUGGAAGAAUGGGGUGGUGAAGCGGCAGUGGGCCGAGACCUGCGUCGUGAAGGUGCGCCAGAUCAAUGCCAACACCUUCUUCGGCAGUGGCAAGGUGAAUGAGAUCGCGCUCUACCUGGCCGAGAACCCCUGCGACUUCCUCUUCGUGAAUCACACGCUGACCCCAAACCAGGCCCGGAACCUGGAGAGCGUCAUGAACAACGCCAUCGCGGCAGGGGACGCACAGCAGCGCCGAAGCGAGGGAAGAGGCAUACCUCCUGGCAGCAAGUACCCAGGCCUGGAGGUGAUAGAUCGUAACCGCCUGGUGCUGGAGAUCUUCAGCCUGCGAGCGAAGAGCCCACAGGCGAAGGUGCAGGUGGGCCUGGCAAGGCUGGAGUAUUUGAAGACCCGGCUUACUGUGGGAGGCAAAGUCCGCAUGCGAGAAACCAUCAGGCUGCUUCAAGAGCACGUGGGGCCCUUUAAAGAGGUUACCGGCUUUCGGAACGAUGUGGACGUGCAGUACCACUACGAGAACAAACCCUUUGAGGCUGAGCGCAUGCUGCUGCGCAUUGCCGAGGUGAGGCUGAAGAGAAUGAUGGAAACAGAGAAGAAGGUGAGGAAGCUGCAUCGUCAGAACCGGGAGGGGGUGCCCACGAUCGGCAUCGUUGGCUACACCAAUGCAGGCAAGACGUCGCUGAUGAACCGCCUCACUGAUGCAGGGCUUCGGGAGCGGGAUUUGCUCUUCCAGACCCUGGACACCACCAUGCGGAAGGUCAAGCUGCCCUCGGGCGGGCAUGCCAUCCUCGCAGAUAGCAUUGGCUUCAUCCAGCACCUGCCGCACAACCUGUUCGCCGCCUUCCAGUCCACCUUGGAGGAGCUCAUCGAUUGCGAUGUGCUGUUGCAUGUCCGCGAUAUUGCUCAUCCCCAGCGCACCAUGCAGAAAGAGAUCGUCUUGAAGACACUGCGCAGCGCUGGCAUGCCAGAGAACAAGCUGCAGUCUGCUGUCAUUGAGGUGUGGAACAAGAUCGACCUCUUGCAGUCCAUGAGCUUCGUGCCCCCCGAGGCGGUGCCCGUGUGCGCUGCCGAUGGCACCGGGGUCCAGGACCUGCUGCAGGUCAUGGACGCGGUCGUCAGCGCGCAAGUCGACCGACAGCGCCGCACCGUGCAGUUCCCAGAGGAGCAAAUGACGCAGGUCAUGGGCUUCUUGCGAAAGCAGGGGACGGUAGAUGAGGAGUCCUUCGUCUUCGAGGACUCCUUGGUGAGCAUCGACGCUGUGCUGCCGGCCAUCGCCUGGAAGCGCUGGGAAGCGGAGCGCAAGACUCUCCAGGAUUUCAAGAUGCCGCACGGGACAUUCAAGUCACAUCCAGGAGGGCAGGAACACCUGAAGACAGCGGCGCAGUCUGAGUGUCCGGCCCUGCUUUUCCUGGCCUACCAUAUGGGCUGCGAUCUGGAGAGGAUAGGACGUGCAGCCAAGGCACUAGGAGUUGAGAUGCCAGACUCUGGCCAGCUGUGUGCCGAUGUUCAUGCUCUUGUCCGCAAGGUGAAGGAGGAACACAAAAGCCAACAUUGGGUCUUUGUGGUCUGGAGCCUGAUCAUCACAGCAGGUCUCUUCAUAGUUUUCCCAUGGUUCCUCCUCCGUGCGAGUGUGGCUGCAAGUAUCGCGGCUUCCUUCCUCUUUGAGGUCUAUUUCCUGAACAUCUUCCACACCCGUCACCACAAAGGCGGAAAGCUCUACGAUAUCCCAUGGCUGGACAGGCUCACGGCACCGAUCUAUGAGGUAGUGGACAACACCUGGGGCUACAAUCCAGCAGCCUGGUGGAAGAAUCACCAUGAUUACCACCACAUGAGCACCAACUCGAAUUGCGAUCCUGACAUGCCAGCCAUGUAUCCAUUGAUUCGGUUGUUUGAGGGCCAGGAGAGGCUUUGGUUCCAUGUGGCGCAGACGUUCUACUACCCCCUUCUGCUUCCAUUUUCGAUUGCCAGAUUUCCAGUUCAGAACGUGUUCCAGUAUGGAGGCCCCUGGGGCUACUUUCUGCUUUGGAUAGUGCUGAUGUGGGUUUGGCCUUGUGCGAUGCACGGUUGGACUGGCCUGAGUGCUACACUAUUGGUACAGGGCUUGACAGGUGUGACCCUUACAACAAAGUUUGCCGUGUCCCAUUCCCACGUCGAUCUUGUUCCUCACAGCACGAAGGAGGCUGAUUCACUCUUGACCACGAAGCAGAUGAAGAUGGAUGCUUGGAUGGUGAACCAAAUUGAGGAAUCUAUGAGUUGGGGUGGCUACUGGAUGACCGUCAUCUUUGGCGGUAUAAAUAUGCAGAUCGAACAUCACGUGGCACCAGCGCUUGACCCACCGCUGUUGUGGUGCAUGGCAGAUGGUUUGAAGGAGAUUUGCAAGAAGCACAAGAUUCAGUAUACACGAGAGCCCUCCAUCUUCCAUGCUGUGUUUGGCCUUCACCGCCGGCUUUGGGAGCUGGGCAAAUUGUAG